AGGGUUUGCUACAGAGAUUUCCUGCAGUCUUCAAUUUAGCAGAGACAGCGGCGACAGUUUUAACACAGUCUGUAGCAGACAGAAAAUACACGCUUCGGGGUAAAUGCAUACCAUAGAAAUAUGGCCGUUUUCCCUCAGUGUGUUUAGUAGUUUCAAAUAGGUAAAGUGGAAUAUUUAUAUUGAGAGACAGGAGGUUGUGGAAGAUGGCGGCGAGGAGAGCCGCUUCCCAGCCGCUGUCCAGCUCUCGAGUCCCGGAGAGGAAGGGAGCGGCUGGAUGCACUAAGGUUAACCCAGAGUGGUGUGUUUCUACCCGACAGGAGUCUGAAAAGGGAGCGGUUACAGUGGCAGGGAUUGUCGAUACUGGGAUGCGGCACCAUCCAAUCGGGGCCGCGGGAGGACAUGUAACGGGAGACGAGUCUUCAGACAGCGAAGGAGAGCAUGAAGGGCCCCAGAAACUGAUUAGGAAGGUGUCCACCUCCGGCCAAAUUAGGAGUAAGACCAGCGUCAAGGAGGGAUUACUACUGAAACAGACCAGUUCAUUCCAGCGCUGGAAGAAAAGAUAUUUCAAGCUGCGGGGAAGGACACUAUAUUAUGCCAAGGAUGCAAAGUCUCUCAUUUUCGAUGAAGUUGAUUUGUCAGAUGCCAGCGUCGCUGAGUCAAGCACAAAAAAUGUCAACAACAGCUUCACGAUAAUUACACCGUUCAGGAGACUCAUUCUUUGUGCAGAAAACAGAAAGGAAAUGGAAGACUGGAUCACCUCAUUAAAAUCUGUACAGUCCAGAGAGCAUUACGAGACGGCACAGUUUAAUGUGGAACAUUUCUCAGGGAUGCACAACUGGUAUGCCUGCUCCCACGCCCGCCCUACCUUCUGCAACGUGUGCCGGGACAGCCUGUCCGGGGUCACCUCCCACGGCCUCUCAUGUGAAGUUUGCAAGUUCAAGGCACAUAAGAGAUGUGCAGUCAGGGCCACCAACAACUGCAAGUGGACGACGCUGGCCUCCAUAGGAAAAGACAUUAUUGAGGAUGAGGAUGGGAUUGCAAUGCCACAUCAGUGGCUGGAAGGUAACCUCCCUGUUAGUGCCAAGUGUGCUGUGUGUGACAAGACAUGUGGCAGUGUUCUGAGGCUGCAGGACAGGCGCUGCCUAUGGUGUAAAGCCAUGGUGCACACUGCCUGCAAAGAUGUGUACCCCCGAAAGUGCCCGCUUGGGCAGUGCAAAGUGUCCAUCAUUCCACCGACUGCCCUCAACAGCAUUGACUCAGACGGCUUCUGGAAAGCAACCUGCCCCCCAUCUUGUGCCAGUCCCCUUCUAGUCUUUGUGAACUCCAAGAGCGGAGACAAUCAGGGUGUGAAGUUCCUGCGCAGGUUCAAACAGUUACUCAACCCUGCUCAGGUGUUUGAUUUAGUGAACGGAGGACCUCAUUUAGGUUUACGCUUGUUUCAGAAAUUUGACAAUUUCCGAAUCCUAGUGUGUGGAGGUGAUGGAAGUGUUGGCUGGGUUCUGUCUGAAAUUGACAAGCUAAACCUUCACAAGCAGUGCCAGCUGGGAGUGUUGCCCCUGGGUACUGGGAACGAUCUUGCCCGCGUCCUUGGCUGGGGAGCAUCAUGUGACGAUGACACACAGCUUCCUCAAAUCCUGGAAAAGCUAGAGCGAGCCAGCACAAAGAUGCUUGACAGAUGGAGUAUCAUGACAUAUGAAAUAAAAAUACCUUCAAAGCAGAGCUAUCCGGUUACUCCAGAGGAAGAAUCGGAGGAAUGUGAACUUCAGAUUUCGUCUUAUGAAGAUUCGGUCGCUGCCCAUCUCACAAAGAUCCUUAACUCUGACCAGCACUCUGUCGUCAUAUCAUCAGCAAAGGUUUUAUGUGAAACUGUCAAGGACUUUGUUGCGAAAGUUGGCAAAUCCUAUGAGAAAACAACAGAGAACACCAAUGAGGCUGAAGCCAUGUCUAUAAAAUGUGAAGUAUUGAAUGAGAAGCUGGACUCCCUGCUCCGGACUCUAAACACUGAGGUCAAGGCCACGGCCCACCCACCGCAUAGCACCCCACCAAUCGUUGAGGAGGAAGGCGAGGAGGAGGAGGAGCUAGAGGAGGAGGAGCUAGAAGAGGAGGAGCUGAGUGAGGAGUCGCUGACCGAGUUGAAGAAGCUGGAAGAAAAUCUCACCGAAAAGCCGUCCCCGCAUAAAUUCUUCAAACCGAGAGAACAGCUCAUGCUGCGAGCCAACAGCCUGAAAAAAGCUGUGAGGCAAAUCAUAGAACAGACGGAAAAAGUUGUGGAUGAGCAGAACGUCCACACCCAGGAACAAGCGAUCCAGUCCCCGACGGAGUUCAAGAAAGAAAAUGAGGAGGAGAGCAAAGACGAUGAGAAGGACGAAGACACCAAGGAGUUAGAGGCACAUUCAACCAAAACAACUCCGAAAUCCCCCCUAGAGAGACGAAUCAGUCGUAGCACUCAGUCCUACAGCGGCUCCUUCUCCAUUCCUCACUUCACUACCAGCAAAGAAAACCUGCCAGUAUUGAACACCAGGAUCAUCUGCCCAGGUUUAAGAGCUGGACUGGCUGCCUCCAUUGCAGGAAGUUCUAUCAUCAGUAAAAUGCUGCUGGCCAACAUCGAUCUCUUUGGAGCAACGCCAUUCAUUGAUGCAGACCCGGAUUCACUAGAAGGCUACUUGGAGAGAUGUGUCAUGAACAACUAUUUUGGGAUUGGAUUGGAUGCAAAGAUCUCACUGGAGUUUAACAAUAAACGGGAGGAGCACCCUGAAAAAUGCAGGAGCCGCACGAAGAACAUGAUGUGGUACGGUGUCCUUGGCACUAAAGAGCUACUGCAGAGGACUUACAAGAAUCUGGAGCAAAAGGUCCAAUUGGAGUGUGACGGACAGUACAUACCCCUCCCCAGUCUCCAAGGCAUCGCUGUGUUGAACAUUCCAAGCUAUGCGGGUGGAACCAACUUUUGGGGCGGAACCAAGGAGGAUGAUAUCUUUUGCGCCCCAUCAUUCGAUGACAAGAUCUUGGAGGUUGUUGCUGUUUUUGGGAGCAUGCAGAUGGCAGUUUCACGAGUUAUAAAACUGCAACAUCACAGGAUAGCGCAGUGCCGGUCUGUGAAGAUCACAAUCCUGGGUGAUGAAGGGGUUCCCAUACAAGUGGAUGGAGAGGCCUGGAUUCAGCCCCCGGGGGUCAUCAAAAUUAUUCAUAAAAACAGAGCCCAGAUGCUGACUAGAGACAGGGCUUUCGAGAACACGCUGAAGUCGUGGGAGGACAAGCUGAAGUACGACAAAUCGGCGCUUCGGCCCCACCUGUACUCCCAGCAGUCAGUGGACCUGGCCACAGAUGAGGAGGUUGUCCAGAUCCAGAUGUGCUCGAGGGCAGCGGAGGAGCUCAUUACCAGGAUCUGUGAAGCAGCGCAAUCCCACAGCCUGCUGGAGCAGGAGCUGGCUCACGCAGUCAACGCGUCCUCACACGCACUCAACAAAACCCACCCCAAGUUCCGAGAGAGCCUAACAAGAAAUACAGCCAUUGAAAUUGCAAGCAACGUGAAAGCUCUACACAAUGAAACAGAAUCUUUACUUGUUGGAAGAGUACCACUGCAACUGGACCUGCCCCACGAGGAGCUACUGUCCAGUGCCCUGCAGAGUGUGGAGAUGGAGCUGAGGAAACUCGCCGAAAUCCCCUGGCUUUAUCACGUCUUGCAACCCAAUGAUGAAGAGGAGCACUCAAUGGAGUAUGGUAAAAGGAACAGUAGAAGCACCAUGUUUCGUAUUGUGCCAAAGUUCAAGAAAGAGAAGACCCAAAGGCAUAAGGCAAACCCUCAGUCAGUUCAAAGGUGGGGCACAGACGAAGUGGCUGCUUGGCUGGAUCUGCUCAGCUUGGGAGAGUACAAAGAAAUCUUCAUCCGCCACGACAUCAGAGGCUCCGAGCUGCUGCACCUGGAGAGGCGAGACCUGAAGGACCUGGGGAUAUCGAAGGUGGGCCAUAUGAAGCGAAUUCUCCAGGGAAUUAAAGAACUCGCCAAAAACACCCUGUCAGACCUGUAAGCUGUCAUGGACUGAGGGAGGAUCAUUUCUCAGCAUUCAAGACCCCCCAGUGUUUUAAAUAUAAACAAGGAGUGAUUGGGGCGACAGCUUGGGACAGACUGAAAGAAACUUGUGUGGAAGGAAAAAGGGGGCUUGUUUAUGUUUCGGGGAGGGGAAUUUUGGAUCUGUUACGAUUUUUGGAAGGUUUGUGCCAAAAAAAAAAAAAAGAUGUAAGAAGUUGUAAAUCUUUUUAAAAGCCAUUUAAUGUUGUGCACGCAUGGCACAGCCACAUAUGCACUUGGUUUAAAAAAUCAAAAAUAAAAGCAGGAUUGUUUACACGACCUGCCUUACCACAGAAAUACAGAAGUAGCAAAAUGUAGGACUUCCAAAACGAGAGUGCCAUCAAUCUCAGUGAGGCAUCAUAUUAGCAUAUCACUUUAAGACAGACCAUCGGCUUUGGCAACGUGAGAAAACACUUCAGAAAUGACUAGCAUACUGUAGAGCAGAAGGGAGCUGGCCAGUUGUUGCUUUUUUAUUAUUAAAACUGGCCAAGCCCUUGAACAUAUCAAUCAGUGAGCAAGUAUGAGGAUGUUUGAAAGGCUAAGAAACCUGUGUGCUGCAGUGGCAUUGUAAUGCAUGGUUUGUCUGCCUGGCAUGGAAUUCUCUUCUAUUGCAUGGCAUUGCGUUUAUUGUACUUUCUGUUUUUUACAAGCGAAAAAACACUUGAACAACUUUUAUAUCUAUUUAAUAUCAUGCCAUUUGUUACUACUGAAGUAUCUCUUUGAUCUAAAGUAGCCUUUUUUUCUAUUCUUUGCAUGAAACUAUUGUGAUAAGGACUUGUAGGUGUGAACCGUAGCAUCUGUGCCAUAUUGGUUGUGCAUUAUGUGACUAAAAGUUAUUUAUUAUGUAGUGUGAUUUAUCCAUAGGAGGUUACGGUAGGAUUGAGUUUUAAACUAGGAUUUUAUUACAAGGCUAUCUCCUAGAAUUAUCCCCAAAGGUUUAAAACAAAAAAGGAAGUACAAUUUUGUUUUUAAACUAAAAAGAAAGCCCCACUAUAAUAUUCAAACUGUUAUAUAGCUCUGUGACAGCCAGUACCAAAUGAAUGCGUUCAAAUGAGUCUGUAUCGAGCUGUUUCCCUUUAACAUUCAGCUUGGAUGAAAUAAUUUGAAUUUAAACAAUGUUCACCAUGACAGUGUUCUGAUACACUGUUGCUGAGGGUGUGUUUUACUCUUUAAAAAGCAUCAGUUAUUGUUUUAAUAAUAACAAAGUCCUCAAUCCAGUGCAUACAAUACAAUACAAUCGGCUUAGUUCUGUGAGGUAGUCUGUUGCUGAAUCUAUUGUGAUACAAUAGCCAAUGCACUGCUUUUAUCUCGGUGUUUCUGUUAAGUUAUAUAUGGGUUAAAAUGCAGACUAAUGCAGCUGACUUGCAUCACUAUAUUUAAGAUGUUUAAAUUGCUGCUGUGUUGUUGGAGCAUGCAAGUUUAUAGGAUACACUGUAGUGAAUAAGACUAGGUCUGAGCAUUGUGGGGUAUAUUGUUUAAGUAUCAUGAUAAGGGUUAUAUGCAAAAGAGUAACACAAAGAAAAUGCACAUCAUUAAUAUAAUUAUUUAUAACCCUUUUAUUACUUGUAGUAAUAUAGCCAGUUGAAUCCAUGUAUUGUGUGUGUAUAUUGCACCUGAACGAUGUGCAUUUAGAAUAGAAGUGAUUUGUUCCACACAAGCAAGGUACGUCUUGCAAUAUAUCGUGACUGUGGUGCAAUAUUUUAUUUAUUUGAUAAGGAUGAUGGUUUUUAUUUAAUGUUUUAUUUCAAAUGUCUUUUUAAUGCAGAACAACAAAACAGUCUUUGCCAAUUUCUCACCUAUCAAAAGCUUUUGAAUGUCAAUCUAAAAGAAGAAAAGGCCAGUAAAAAAAGAAAAAUGGGCUGGCGUACUUAAAAAUGCUUCCAAAGAUCAGCAAUCAUCAUAUUCCACUAUGCUUCCUAGUGAGCGCAUGUGCCAAAAAGGAAGAGUGACCAUAUUAUUGAUGAACUACCAUGUGAAAAAAAUUCUAAACAGUAUAUUUGGCUUUGUCGUAAGCAGUUAGUCCACCAUCAGCUUCUUGGAUGUUUGCAAUCAUGGUACAGACACUGCAAUCACAGGGAACCCCCUUGCACACAAUACAUAAUCAUAGGGAACACCGUCCCGUCCCGUCCCGUCUCCCCCUUUUUCCCGCACAUUAUAUGUUUCCUUGUAUUACUGCUUUGAUUCUAACAUUUCUGGAUGUGCUCUAACUGCAAGUAUCCAGCAGGGGGCAUAGUUAGCACAUAAGACCACCAUUCCAAAACUUAAGCGUCUUGUUGGAUUAAUGUCUGUAAGAAGCAGAAUGUAGCUCCAUUUACUGACUCGUGUGCAGCAUGAAGUAUCAUUGUCAUUAAAAGUGCACCUGUGCUAAAUGAAUUGUAGCGUCAACCCUGCUUAUAUUGACCAUUCAGUAUAGACAGGUGGUCUUUAAAAAUGAAUCUCUAAUUACCUCAAAUUUUGAAAUAACAUUCAUGUAAUAUCACACCAAUACUUAAAAUACUGGCCAGACAGACUGACACAGAUAACAGGUUUUACAAUGAGAUAAUCAGGGCUGGACGUCAAAACCAGACAGCACAUGAAACAGAGAUGUAAGCCAGUCUCUGUUUGAUGACACAGUGUGCACUGUAGCUGUACCAUGUCUUCCUAGUCUUGGAACCCCUGGAGUGGAAGAUGGCUCUCGUUUUCCUGUGUACAAUAUUAAAUCAACAUGUGAUUUUCUACAUAGCUCUUGUGUUUUCAUUCAAGAUGGAAUUAUUGUGAUAGAGAGAGAGAGCCUACAUGACAUAGGCAGUGAGAAAAGUUUGAACUGAAAUAGGUAGUCAGAAAAGUCAGAUACUGAGCCCUGUGAUUUGCAUUUGUUUAUGCAGAAGAGCAUGCACUCUAUUGCACUACUUAAAUCACCUCUAGUAAGAUAUUCAGUCUGUAUUAUUUAAAUUCAAGCCCAGGAAGUUGAGUGUUGAUUUUAAAAAUUGCAGUAGCCAGGUUUGAGAAAAAGCCCAGCUUUGUUUGUCUAUAAACAGAAUUUGGUACAUUUCAUAUCUUGCUUAUCUCGCAGCUAGUCUUGUGUUGCAGAUGUACUUCAGACUUGCAUGCAGGCAAAGAGCUGUUUUGCUUCUAAUCUUCAAUGACAUUUGGUGCACUAAUAAUGUUUACCACAGUUCAUAUCUGUAGCUGUACCUCUUUGAAGUAUUAUUCUCUAAGCUUUAUAUACUUUUAUGUUUUACAGAGUCGUCUAGGAUAUUUUAAUAUCUGUGAGGGUGGCUCCAGUGUUGGUAUAUAUUAGUGAAGUGUGAAAAAUUGUGUAAUUUGAUAUUUUGUACCUGAGUUCAUUUUUUACUGCUGUUGCUUAUUUUGGUUGAAAUGCUCUGUUAAAAGAUUGCUUAUUUACUUGAUAUUACUACGGUAAUAAUUUCUGUUGUUAACAAACCCAGGCCAAUAACUUUUUCUAUAUGAAAUUUUUUUUUGCAAUGCAGAAUCUUCAGUGACCUGUUCAAGCAUUUAAAUCUAGCUUGUAUACAAAACUGCUCUUUUGUUUACCAGUUUCUUUUUUUUUUUUUUUUUUUUUUUACAGUCAAACACUGCCCAAAUUUAAUCCACUUACAGUAUUAUUUUCAGUCUGCGGAAUCACAAUGUAGUGGCCAGGGUUUUUGCAGAUUCAGUGGCUGGAGUGUCUUUUUAAAAUAAUAAACUUGUAAGUCUUGUUUCUGUAGCAGCCAGGGAAGAAAUCGGUUUUCUUAGCCAUCGAUGACUGGCUUGAUUGUUUACUGGACGUCAGCAGGUUUGCUUUUCUGAAGCCUGCUGGCUUGCAAGCACAGUAGAAGAAAGAGUUGUCAUUCACCUGAUCCAAGGUAGUACUUUGACUUUGAAUGAAGGUGUGCUUUGGGCUGUCUCAAUGCAAGCUGAAGAAAUCCAGCAAAAAUCAGUGUCUUCCUUCGUUAUUGCUGCAAAACAGAAUCAGCUUUCGUUUUUAUUUUUUCAUAACAACAACCGACACAGGAGAGUAACAGGGGGGGUAGGUGUUUUAUUAAAAGAAAGAACAGUAUUGUGUAUUGAUUCAAAUCCCAGAUCAGCACAUAGUGUGGCAUGCCAGUAUACCUCCUUGUGCCUCAGUCCUUCCCCAAAACUGCAAGCCAGGAUUCCAGUGGAAACAAAUACUGCAGCUUAGUUCAUUUCACUGGUAAUAACAUUGAUUUAAAUAUCAGGUCUUGAUUUCAAACAGGGAGCAAGACAUUUUUGUCACUUCCCUGUAUUCUGAAUGGUGUAAAAAAAUGAAAAUCAACUAAAUAACUUUUUAGAUACUUAAUUAUGGCUAAAGAAUUAAUUUCAUACUAAACUAAUUUCUUCAAACUAUUACCUUGCAAGAGCUCUUUAUUGUCCAGAUGGAGAGUUAAGUCAUAUUUCACAUUUA